AUGGCCGACGCCUUCCAGCCAUGUGCACGCCAAAAGGAAGUGAGGACUCGGAACCAAAGUGUGCCCUCACCGCAGACUGCGUCCGCACCCACCGACUGCCUCCAAGAUAAACCUGCAGGAUCCACAGUGCAACCAGCGGCGCUGGCAGCAAAAA